AAAAUAAUGUGGUGCGUCCAGCCGUGCACUCACUCAAAGUCUCAAACUCCAAGACUUUUUCAUAAAUAAAUAUCAAAAAUUAAAAGAAUUAAAGAAACCCGUUCCUCAUUUCUUCUAUUUUGUCCUCCUCUACUCUAAUCUCGUUUACUUCAUUUCACUUCUGAAAUCGCGCACGCUUUUUCUCUUCUUCUUUUCCACUCACUGAUUCACAAUUUUAAAUGCUCGCUUGAAUUUCAAGCUCCUCACGAGAACCCUGUGUCUAUUGAACUCGAUCAACAAACUACUCUUCUUCAAAUGCCUCCUUCAAGAACGCUUUCUUUCUUCUUCUUGUAGCCUCCUACCCCUUGCGAGCCGCGUCCAAUAAUGAGUCAACUCGGCGAUAUUCUUCAGACGGAGCCAAGGACGAUUCUCGGAUUGUUGACGGAGCAAAUGGACGCCGCCGCCGAUGGACCGCCACGCACCAGGACCAGGCGCACCUUCAAGGACCGUUUAGGAUUCAUCGGCAUCGGCUGUUGCGGUGCCACGUGGCGAUUCCGUUCUGAGUCCAUAACGGUCAGGCACGAAGACCAAGAACAACAGCAACAACCACAGCAACAGCAUCAACAGCACCAACCGCUUCUUCUUGAAACGAAUCAGGCUCGAGAUCCGAACCGUUUUGGACCUGACUGCGUGUCUCCGACUCCUGCCAGUUCCGGUAUGAACCUUGCGGCGGCGUUAGCGGCUGAGCGGCAGCUCCGGGGGACGCCGCAGGAGGCGGAGGGAGGUGAGAGAAGAGGUGCGUGGAGGGUGUCGCUGAUGAGGCUGCUAGAGGAGACCGACGGCGGCGAUGCAGAGGUUAGUUCGGCGGCGAAGACAUCGGAUGAAGAUAAGAUAAGUGGUAGUGGUGGUGGUGGUGUGGGAAAUGAUUGGGUGUGCUGCGUGUGCAUGGGGAGGAAGAAAGGCGCGGCGUUCAUACCAUGUGGUCACACUUUUUGCAGGGUUUGUUCAAGGGAGCUGUGGCUCAACCGAGGCUCUUGUCCCCUUUGCAAUCGUUCCAUUCUCGAGAUUCUCGACAUUUUCUGAAAAAGAUAAACAUAAUCAUCUUGUUUCAUAUUUCAUCAUUCACCAUACUCUAUACUAGUUUCUUCUUUCAUCACAAUUAUUAGCUUCUUCUUUUUCUUUUUCUUUUACUUCUUAAUUAAUUGUAACUGGUAAACCAUUUGAUACUUCACGUGUAAUACGACUACUGCUAUAUGAGCCUCUCUUCAUGUGUAA